GUCACGUUCACAGAGAAGUAUAACUUGUCACUACAACCACAACCCAUAACGCACACACGCGCACGCACGUCUUAUAUUCACACCCUCUACUUAAUCACUGGCCGCGACUGAGGAGUUGAUUAUAUAUCACUCAGUCAAGGAGUAGCUCUCAGAUUUCUGCAUAAUUCCAGAGACACGCAGCGGUUGCAGGGACUGCAAGUAGCGAUGUACUAACGGCUCGAGACUACAGAGGUGCCGUGACGUCGGAACUUCCUUAACAGACGGUCUGACGCCGUCAAGGUCUGCCCUGAGUAGCCAACUGUAACCUGGAGAGGGACGGAGAAGACGACUAUUCUUCCCCUCAUUGCAGAAGAAAUUACACUCACACCUUAGAGAUGCAUGCUCUUCUAAUUCUCUUCACUCUGCAUGCCACCACUGCUAUGGAGCCAGCACACCUUAAACCGGGAGCCCUCGCUGCUCAUCUUGGCCGAGUUGCCCUGGUCGAGGAUGUACUCUGGGUGCGGUAUCCUUACGCAAGUUUGGUGAAAAUUCCUGGCAAACUAAAAAGUAUAGUGGAGUGUCUGAAUGAAGCCCUACAGCGGCUACAGGAGGUUCUUCCGAAGGAUUCACCACUUUCGAAUGAGUUGUUACCCCUUCUGUACAGUAGGAUUAAAUAUAUAAACGACACAGUUACCCUGGCCUUGGAAAACUAUGAUGGAAUUCAUAAUAGUAAUCGCAAGAAACGAGGUCUUAUCGACGGUAUCGGUCAAUUAUCUCGCAUGCUCUUUGGUACCGCAAUGAAUGAAGAUAUAGAAAAGCUAAGAGAACAGUAUAAUCAACUAACCUAUGUAGCUUCAGCCAACAACAAAGCUAUUCACUUACAUAACAGAAACAUUGCCAAGCUGGAACAGCAUAUAAAUGAUCUAGGCAGGCAUGCUGAACUCCUAAGAAUUCAGCUUAACGAAGCUUUAACUAAUAUAAAGAAUUUACAAGCUUUUGCAGUCAUUCGUGAAGCAUUAUCAGCGCUUGAAAGUACAGCAGCUUCUCUUUUGCAUACGAAUGAACACCUAAUAAGGAAUGUAGUAGACGCAGCUCGUGGAAGGGUCACUUCAUCUUUGUUUCCCGUGAAGGAUUUUCUUCAUGCUUUGGCAGUGGGAAAAACAGAUUAUAACUUGAAACCCCUGUUUGAUGUAUAUGGAAUUCAUCAUUAUUAUCCACUACUGGAAUCAGUGCUGACGUCUGAAUCCAUUGUUAUUCAUGUUCCAUUCAGAUCAGAACAUAUCUUUGAGGUUCAUCGAGUGGAGCCAUUCCCAUUUCAGGUGAAUGGAACUGUCAUGACACUUGAUCAACCCAGUUCAGUAGUAUUGAUCAAUAAGGACCUUACGAUGUACGCUACAGGUAAAUUGUCAGAUUUAGACAGAUGCCAAACUGAGUAUCUUCACUUAUAUUUUUGUCCAGCAUCUCUCUUUGCCUUCUUGCCUGUUACUAGUGGCGGAAUUUGCGAAGUAGUGCUUACUCAAGAAGAUGCUUCCAAGUCCCUUACCUUAUGUCCGUACAAACAUUUGGUCCCUAAACCUUUCUUUCACACAAGUUUCUAUGGACACCACUAUUUCUUUUUCACACAAGCUUACUAUGUGUCUGUGGUUUGUCCUGAUGGUUCUGAAUAUAAGGAAGUUUCAGGUCAUUUUGCAAUCUUAAAUGCAUGUUCCUUGCGAUCUGACAAACUGAACACUUUCCCUGAAAAAUUACAUGAAGGUUUUGUGUCUAAUCUUACCUCCAGAAUCGUUCUUAUUGAUACUUUGAGUAAAGUAAAUCUUGCAAAUAUCAAAUUUGUGACCAAUACCUUAUCUGAGUUUAAUUUCUCUAAUCUCUCAGAACUAGAAAAUGCGGUUCAUGACUCUUUACCAGUGUAUCUUAGUCCCUAUGUGCAUUUUCCUACAAUCAUCAUACCCAUCAUUAUCUCACUUGUCCUACUGAUUCCUUUGUACUGCUGUGUUCGAAAAGCCCUGGAGUUAUAUAAUUACCUCAGUGGAAGAAUCAAGCACAAUAACAUGAGUCAGUAAUACACAUGACAAUGACAUGGGUAGGUACAUACAUAUAGGUUUGUCGUACGGCACGAGGACGCGCCGGGUAGGUGUGCCGAGCGAUGUUAGCACAUAGUGUAGGGAACCAUUGUAACUGUAGAUUCGAACCUUCUAGAAGCAUAAGUGGAAAUUUCCUAUUCUGAUGCCCGCUGGGAGUAGUGUCUAAUUACUGUUUCUUCUCCUAGUUUACUGGUAAAUAUUAAGAUAGGAAUAACUAUUAUAUGCAAUAAUAAAAUAAUAAUUAAUAACUGUAAAUGUUAAACUAUAUAAAUAGGCAAUAGCUAGAUAGAAUAACUCAUAUGUGAAAUAUGAUCCUGUGAAACCUAUCACCUACGAUGUCACGUGAUCACAAGCGCCGCACCUUGAGGAACGCCGCAUUGCCCCGGGCAGUUGGGUGGAGAGCUCCGAUCUGGCCAGUUGGGUGUGCGCGGUGCGCUGUGUCCUGUGUGCGUGUGAACUCUGCCACGAACAAUUGCACUAAGACUACACCCUGAGUCUUUCCCACAAGUGUGUACCUUUUGUAUAUAAGGCAGGGAAAUAAGUGCAAGUGACAGUGUAUAAGUGACUUUAUUGUGGUGACAAGAACAGUGAACAUAAGAACAUAAGAACAUAAGAAAUAAGGGAAGCUGCAAGAAGCGACCAGGCUUACACGUGGCAGUCCCUGUAUGAAACACACCUACCUAUUUCCAUCUGCUAUCCCCAUCCAUAAACUUGUCUAAUCUUCUCUUAAAGCUCUCUAGUGUCCUAGCACUAACUACAUGAUUACUGAGUCCGUUCCACUCAUCUACCACUCUAUUUGAGAACCAAUUUUUUCCUAUCUCCUUCCUAAACCUAAAUUUUUCAAGCUUGAACCCGUUAUUUCUUGUUCUACCCUGGUUGCUGAUCCUAAGAAUUUUGCUUACAUCUCCCUUGUUAUAACCCUUAUACCACUUAAAGACCUCUAUCAGGUCCCCUCUUAACCUACGUCUCUCUAGAGAAUGUAAAUUUAACCGCUUCAACCUCGCUUCGUAAGGAAUACUCCUCAUCCCCUGUAUCCUUUUAGGCAUUCUCCUCUGUACUGAUUCUAAUAGACCUAUAUCUUUCCUGUAAUGUGGGGACCAGAACUGCACAGCGUAGUCUAGAUGAGGUCUGACCAGCGCCAAGUAUAACUUUAAUAUUACUUCCGGCCUUCUACUUUUAACACUCCUAAAAAUAAAUCCUAGUACCCUAUUUGCCUUGUUUCUGGCUUCUAUGCAUUGUUUCCCUAGACGGAGUUCAGAGCUAACUAUAACUCCUAAAUCUUUCUCGUACCCUGUACCUACCAGAGUUUGGGUGUUUAAUGUGUACCUAUUGUGUGGGUUUCCUCUACCUACGCUAAGCACUUUGCAUUUAUUGAUAUUAAAUUGCAUUUGCCAUCUAUCCGUCCAUUCAUUCAUUCUAUCUAAGUCUGUCUGCAAGGCGAUGGCAUCCGCUUCUGACCUAAUUAAUCUACCUAUCUUUGUGUCAUCCGCAAAUUUACUAACAUCGCUACUAAUUCCACUAUCCAAGUCAUUGAUAUAUAUUAGAAAUAAUAAUGGCCCUAAUACUGAUCCCUGUGGCACCCCACUAAUGACAUGACCCCACUCGGAUUUCGAGCCGUUUAUUAGCACUCUCUGUCGCCUGUUACCAAGCCAUGACCCUAUCCAACCUAACACCUUCCCAUCUAUCCCGUGCGCCCUAACCUUUCUCAGGAGCUUUUGAUGGGGCACCUUGUCGAAUGCUUUACUAAAGUCCAGAUAUAAGAUAUCAUAACUAUCACCAUUAUCUACUGCCUCGUACACCUUACUGUAAAAACUUAACAAGUUUGUCAGGCAAGACUUCCCCUUCGUGAAGCCAUGCUGUGACUGAUUUAUCAAGUUAUGUUUGUCUAAAUGUUCCCUAAUGUUCCUGGCUAUUAUUGACUCUAACAUUUUACCUACAACUGAAGUUGUAGGUAAAAAAAAAGGUAGGUAGUUGUGACAGACAGAUUACAUAUCCUUGUGCUGAGAUUCAGUUUCUUGGGCUCAGUACUUAAGUGGUAUUGUAUGUAAACUGUAAAUAUAUAUGUACAAACUGUAAAA